GCGAGAAACAUUAAGAGACAUGGGGAAAGAGCCUGAGCUCGUUAAUGACAACGAGUUCGCCGGAAAACACCAUAACUCAGUUGAUUACGAUAAUUUCAUCCCAACAAAUCCCCCGUCUGACUUGUUCUCCGUCAGAAGAUUCCACCACGUCGAGUUCUGGUGCUCCGACGCCACCAACACCUCUCGCCGCUUCUCGUCGGCACUCGGCAUGCCGCUUGUCGCCAAAUCCGAUUUAUCCACCGGAAACACAACACACGCAUCUUACAUUCUCCGUUCCGGUCAACUCCUCUUCCUCUUCACCGCCCCUUACUCCGCCACCAUCUCCACCAACACACCCUCCAUACCCACCUUCUCCCACACUGCUUGCCGCGCCUUCACCGCUUCUCACGGACUCGCCGUCCGCUCAAUCGCCAUUGAAGUCGAGAAUGCCGAGCUUGCUUACUCCACCAGUCUAUCCCACGGCGCCAAACCCUCAUCACCUCCAAUCACCAUCGGAGAAUCCAUAAACGCCGUCGUCAUCGCCGAAGUCCAACUAUUCAACGACGUUGUUCUACGAUACAUUAGCUACAAAAAACCCACCAUCGGCAUCGCAUCAACUUUCUUACCAGGGUUCGAAUCAAUUAAAACAGAUUCAACGUCACACAGCAUAGACUUUGGUAUCCGACGCCUCGAUCACGUCGCCGGAAAUGUCCCGGAACUCACUCCCGUCAUCAAGUACUUAAAAUCCUUCACCGGAUUCCAUGAAUUUGCAGGAUUCACGGCGAAAGACGUCGGGACAAGCGAGAGUGGGUUGAAUUCGGUGAUUCUCGCAUGUAAUAACGAAAAGGUUAUCAUUGGGAUGAAUGAGCCGGUGUAUGGAACAAGGAGGAGGAGCCAGAUACAGACAUUUCUGGAGCACAACGAAGGUCCUGGAAUUCAGCAUUUGGCGCUGGAGAGCGAAGACAUAUUUAGGACACUUAGAGAGAUGAAGCGGCGGAGUGUGGUUGGUGGGUUUGAGUUUAUGCCGCCUCCGCCGCCGACUUACUACCGGAAUUUGAAGAACAGGGCGGCAGAUGUGCUCAGUGAUGAGCAGAUGAAUGCGUGUGAGGAGUUCGGGAUUUUGGUAGACAGAGAUAACGAGGGCACUUUGCUUCAAAUCUUCACCAAACCUUUGGGUGACAGGCCAACGAUAUUCAUAGAGAUAAUCCAAAGAAUAGGGUGCAUGAUCUCGGGUGUUAAUAUGCAACAGAAGCCAGGAUGUGGUGGAUUCGGUAAAGGAAACAUUUCAGAACUUUUUAAAUCCGUCGAGGAGUAUGAGAAGACAUUUGAAGCACAAACUUCUGACAUACAUAUUAUCUGACCAUGGUUCAGAUUGAAAGUCGUACUCGAGAUUGUUCUUUAACGUAGAGAGAAAUAAGGAGUGAUAUUAUAAAAUAAUUAAAGUCGUAGAUCUUCUUGUGAUGGAGAAAUAUCUCCUUUGAAACUAUAAGCAUAAAGUUUGGUCAAAGAUCAUAUAAAUUAUAGUUCAACACGAAUCUAGAUGAUUAACUAAUUAAGCAAAGCUCGAGGACUAUUACUUCCCCCCUGGUCGGUCGGUGAAGUGUUCUUCAUUAACUAGUGUUCAUACUUAUGGUGAAGUUCAAAUGACCAAUUUGCCACCUCCGGGCUACCGAAUCCUCUCUUUAAUUCUCUCAUGAUUACUUAUAUAUCAUCUCGGUCGUUUAUGUCAUGUUGAAAUCAAAGUGUAAACAACACCAC